AUGGCAAUCAAAUCCCUCACCUCCCUCUCCCUCCUCCUCCUCCUCACCAUCACCGUCCUCUUCUCCUCCUCAUCAGCCCACAACAUCACUCGCAUCCUCUCAAAACACCCCAAGUUCUCCAUCUUCAACUCUCUCCUCUCAUCCACCAACCUCGCCAAAAAGAUCAAUCAUCGCAACUCCAUCACCGUCCUCGCCGUAUCCAACGCCUCCAUUGGCGGUCUCAUUGGUCUUAGCCCUAAAAUCCAGCGCCGCAUUCUAUCCGUCCAUGUCAUCCUUGAUUAUUUUGACCGCGAAAAGCUCCAGAACCUCAAAAGCCAUUCAACCAUCGUCACCACCCUCUUCCAAACUUCUGGCAUAGCUGAAGGCCGGACUGGCUUCCUCAAUGUAACCAAGUUUGCCAACGGGCGGAUCGCCUUCGGCUCCGCAGCUUCUGAGGCCCACCUCGUCGCAAAAUUAGUGGGACAAAUUGUCGCACGACCCUACAACAUAUCUGUACUCCAUAUCAGCUCGAUCAUCGACCCUCCGGGCAUCGAUGGCCCCCACCAUAACAAUACUCCACCAUCACCAUUGCCUCCCGCUCCAACCAAGGCUGAUGCAAAAGCUCCGCCUCCUGCUGCUGAAGCACCAGUGAUCAAACCUAUUGCUCCAGUCAUCGAUGCGCCAGUAACAGAACCUGUUCCAGCUGAUGCACCGGCCAAAGAUUCGUCGAAGGUAGAGCCGCCGAAGGGAGCGGAAGAUGAUAAAGUCAAGUCAAGCGCCGGGCGGGUGGCGAUCAGAACAGGCAUUGGUGCGUUCAUGGGUGUGGCUUUAAUUGCCCUUUAA